CAACUUCUCAGCUGUUACAUGACAUCAAGUGUCACAACUUAGAGCCUGAUAAAUGUAACAACUGCCACCAACAGGAAUAGUCUCAGUCUGUUGCCGAUACUAUUGGGGCUGCCAGAAUGAAAGGAGUCUGCAGGGAAUCUCCUUCUGUUUAUCAGCUAGAGGCACUGUUAGAUGCUUACUCAGGCAAUUUACAUCACGUGGACCAAGUGUUCCUUGGACUUUUCUUAGGCGAUGUUGUAAUUGCCAGUGAUAAAGGUAAGCUAAAGAAGAUGGGUAUAACACACAUCCUUAAUGCUGCCCAUGCCUCUUGGGAGUGUACAGGAGAUGGCAUUGUUUAUGAUCCAGAGUUACAGUAUUAUGGAAUCACAGCUGAAGACUGUCCACAAUUUAAUAUAGGGGUAUUUUUUCACCCUGCAGCAGAGUUUAUUCACAAAGCUCUGAAUACUUCAAAUGGAAAGAUUCUUGUUCACUGUGUCUUGGGUAAAAGUCGAUCUGCCACCCUGGUCCUGGCAUACCUAAUGAUUUACCAGCACUUCUCCCUGGCAGAUGCAAUCCGCCAUGUAGCAAGGCAGAGAUGCAUCGCACCCAAUCAAGGUUUUCUCGAACAACUGCAAAGUCUUGAGGCAGAGCUACACAGCAGACUUUGGAAGUGUAAUCUUCUCUGAUUGAGCAUGUUAACAUUCAAGAAAGAAAAAAAUAUAUAUAUAUCUAUAUCUAUUAUUUAGAGUCCAAGGGAUUUUUACAAAAACACUGCCAUUUAGCCUUUUAUGUUGUGUCUCACAUUGUUAAGCUUAAGAUUUUGAUUUAAUAUUUAGCAUUUAUUGGUUAAGAAUGUUUCAACUUGUUUUAUCAAAGCUGAACCUCUCAAAGUCUACGCUAACUAAAUGAUAUGAUUGCACUAAUAUUCAUUGUGGUAAUGUACAGAACCAAAAUUAGAAACAAGUUGUCUCUGCCCAAAGAUUUAUGGGCUAACAUAUACAUGUUGCCUUCCUAGCCUCUAUGCCUGUGGCAUAACAAUAACUUUCAUUUUUAUUUAUGCAAGUCCUUGAAGUCACUGACCUUCUUACAUGCCCCCUUCUUCCACUGUCAGUAACUGUAUUAUCUAUGCAUGGGUAUAUGCAUCAGGUCCUCAUUUCUAGAGCAGACAUUAGAUUUUGGGAUGAUGCUUGCUUUGAUAACAGUUUCCCCAAUAUAUACCCUAUACCUACAUAGUAACAUAGUAAGUAAGGUUGAAAAAAGACACACGACCAUCAAGUUCAACCUUUUAGUUUUUUUUUGUUGUUAAUCUGCCUGCUAGUUGAUACAGAGGAAGGCAAAAGACCCCA